AUGUCUAGCUCGGCUCAGAAACACUCUUCGCCCAAUUCAAAGCGAAAAAUUGAUGAAGAUGACGACUUUUCCACUUCCGGAGAGGCAACCCAGAGCAAGAAGCCACGGGUUAUAGGGCCGAUGAUGCCGCCUGCCCAUAUGAUUCCGCAAGCCGAUGACGAGGGUAGUAGUAGCAGCGAUGACGAUUAUGGACCUACCUUGCCUCCUACUAAAACUGCGCAAUUGUCGCCGGUACAUCGUGAUGUAUCUGACGAUGAGACACAGAUAGGCCCGGCACCACCCGCCUCAAAGCCCAGUAAACGAGACGACUGGAUGUUACGGCCGCCCGAUCAACUCGACUUUCCUUCACGAGUAGAUCCGACCAAACUACGAAACCGGAAGUUCAAUACUGGGAGAGCUGCUGGUGCCACGGCAGGGAAAACAGGAGUCUCAUCUACAUGGACAGAAACGGCAGAAGAGAAAAGAAAACGGCUGGAAAAUGAGGUUAUGGGCAUCCAGGCUCCAGCCGUUUCCAGUGCACCUACACCUCGGGGGGAACCACAGUCUUCAGCUGUCUCGAAACAGGUAAAGGAAUAUAAUGAGAAAGCAAGAAACAAAUCACUGUACUCGCAGCACCAAACCAAGGCGACAGAUAUUGAAAAAGACGACCCGAGUGCGCGAGCAUUUGACAAGGAGAAGGACAUUCGAGGCCCCAGCAAGAUCAAUCAUGCUCAGCGGCGAGAGCUGCUCAAUAAGUCAUCUUCAAACAUUUCAUCUCGAUUCUCUGGCGGGAAAUUCCUAUAG